AUGGCUUCAGGGCUCUCUUCACAAUUAAGGGAUCCCGAAAUUCUAACCAGCACACUGCAUCCCCAUCUAUUCCUUGUUCCAGAAGAUCCAAGCAACAAUGAUCAACCCCUUCAAAAACGCCGCCGUCCACAGCGCCCCCAUCAUACCAACAUCACUAUGAGCCCAGAAACCACCAAGAAUAACCCCAAUAAGCAAGAAAACCACAGCGCCAACCCUGCGCAUCUGCUCGGCAUUCCUCACCAACUUCGGCGACAGGAAAUCCGGGUGCGAGAAGAGAUCACAAUAAACACUCGUCAACACAACACUAGUGAGAGCAUUAUACUUCAACACACGACUAGUCACAGCCUGCCCACUACUCUGAAACGCAACCAGAACAAUCGGAACCAGAACCAACCAACUCAACGGCUGAUUACGCGACGAGUGGAAGAUCGUCACAAUCAGCGCCGCGACAACGAUACAAAGUAA